AUGGCCACGAAGCGGCUCAUCAAAGAGCUUGAUGCGUUUCGUCGUUCCCCGUCCUCUGCGCUGACGCGAUUGGAACCACAGAGUGACGAGGAUCUGUUUCAUCUUGUUGCGACGUUGAAGGGGCCGGAGGGGACGGCUUAUGAAGGCGGCCUAUGGCAUCUCACCAUCUCCAUCCCCCCGACCUACCCCAACACCGCGCCUGAGAUUCGAUUCCAGACUCCGAUCUGCCAUCCUAACGUCAACUUCAAGACUGGAGAGAUUUGUUUAGACUUGUUGAAGACGAGCUGGACGCCUGCGUAUGGGGUUGUCACCUCGCUGGAGGCCGUUUCGCAGUUGCUGAGUGCGGGCGGUGAGCCGGAGAGUCCGUUGAAUGUGGAUAUUGCGAGACUGUACAGGGGAGGAGAUUGGGUCGCGGCCGAGGGGCUGGUGAGGUUUUACACGAGGGUUUUGGCGAUGGGGGAUAGGUGA